AUGGCAUCCUCGAUCAAUUCAUACGGUAGUCUCAAAGCCCACCAUGGCCACAUCUACUAUGAGCAGGAGGGUAACAAGUCUGGCCAUUCAGUCUUGUUCAUCCAUGGUCUAGGGGGCACCACCAACACAUACCAGCCCCUGGUCUCAUCUCUGCAAGACUUCAAUCUUGUCCGCUUCGACUGGGCUGGUCAUGGCAGGAGUACGCUACCGCAGAAGACUAGCAUUGACUCUUACGUUGAGGAUGCCGAAGCCAUAAUCAACCACUUUUCGCUCAAAGACAUCACCGUGAUCGGGCACUCCCUCGGUUGCCUCGUCGCCCUCACUUUAGCCGCCAAACAGCCCUCUCUCGUCUCCAAACUCGUCCUCUAUGGCCCCAUAAAAGCCCCACCGCAGCCGGGAAGAGAUGGAGCAAAAGGCCGUGCGGAGAGCGUCCGCAAAGGCGGCAUGGCAGCCGUAGCGGAUACAGUCGUUGGGAACGCUUUCGCUGCGCAAACAUUGAAAGAGCGCCCGGAGAUUGUGUCGUUUGGGAGGGAGUUGCUGAGCAGGCAGAAUGCGGAGGGGUAUGCACUGGCGUGUCUGAGCUUGGCCGAGAGUCGAGAUCCCGAGUGGGGUGCGAUUAAGGCGAAGACGACGAUUGUGAGUGGGAGUGAGGACAAGGUCUCUACUCCUGCACUGUGCAAAGCUAUCGCGGAAGAGUUGGGGCACACAAAGGUGGACUUGGUUACGUUUGAGGGGGUUGCGCAUUGGCAUACGCUGGAGAAUGCCAAGGAGAGCGCGGAGGUAUUGAGAAAAGCUGUCUCGUCAUAA